UUCCAGCUAUAAAACAUUCGAUUCAUUCAUUAUUUUAGUAUUUGUUUUGAUUUGUACGCACAUAAAACAUGUCGUCGUCGACAUUUCUCAACAAUUCGUCGCAAGCAGCAAAUCUUUGGUCGACAUCUGGAGACUUUUGGCAAUCUCAAUGGGAAUUGUUACUUGACAAAAUUGGAGAUGAUUCACAUUUUUUAUGGAUUUUUGGAGUCAAUACCAUUUCCAUCGCAUGGUAUUGGAUUUUUGGUAGUUUCUACAUCUUUCUGGAUGUAACAAAUCAACCUGCUUUCUUGCGAAAAUACAAAACGCAACCCGGAACUAACGAACCUGUGGAUCGCAAAAGGCUCUUUGCUGUAAUUCGUCAAGUUUUGUUCAACCAAUUUGUCGUUCAAACAAUCACAUUAAUGUUCAUGUACCCGAUAAUGGAAUGGCGAGGAUGCUUUGAAGAUAUUCGAACGCUUCCAACAUUUCAGAAAAUUGUUUUUGAUUUAAUUGUGAUGGUACUUCUCGAGGAAGUAGGUUUCUAUUACUCGCAUAGACUGUUUCAUGCAAAGGCAAUUUACAAAUAUUUCCAUAAGCAACAUCAUGAGUGGACAGCUCCUAUUGCAAUAACUGCUGUAUAUGCACAUCCUUUAGAACAUGCAUUGAGUAAUCUCGCGCCUCUCGGUUUGGGAGUUAUAGCUGCGAAAAGUCACAUUGUAACAACCUGUUUGUGGUUUUUACUUGCAAUCACAAAUACAAUGAACGAUCAUUCAGGUUAUCAUUUUCCUCUAAUGCAUAGUCCUGAAUUUCAUGAUUUUCAUCACAUGAAAUUUAAUAAUUGCUAUGGAGUGUUGGGUUUCUUGGAUUGGCUUCACGGCACGGAUACGAUGUUUAAGAAGACAAAAUCCUUUUCACGGAACAAAAUUCUUCUUAGCACGAAAUCUAUGAGAGAGCUGUAUCCUGAUAAAUAAGUUGUUUAUCCAUCAAAUUAUAUUUUAUUUUUUUUUCCUUUAAUAUACUUUUUGAAAAUUAAAGAAAAAACAUGAAAAAACCUUCAAAAAGGUCAAAAAAUUGAUUGGUCUUUGAUCUUUUUGAUAAGUUAUCUAUCUAUUAUUCAAUAUUUAUCUCGAUAACUGUUGAUUAAAUUGUAGUUAAAAGCGCGUUUUGUAUUCUACAAAGCUAUAUACCU